AUGGAGCUCAAGCAAACUCCCAUUCCUCUUCCAGUGCUUGGUCGGGUUCAACCAAGACUUGCCUUAAGUCGUCAUCUUGAACUCGGAGUUCGUCCAAAUCUCAAGACACCUACUGAGUUCACCAAUAUUUCAGUUGAUGUUCUAGAGCCCUCAGGUGAAAGUAUAGGUGGUAGCAUACUUAGGUAUGGGUCCCACACACGUAUUAUUACAACACUUGCGUUAGGAAUACGUGAGGAUGGUGGCCAUCUCGAUAAUGAUGCUAGUGGAACCAUAUAUCCAAUAUUAGAGAUCAGUAGAGGGCGAGUAGGAGCACCUACCGAUGAGGAGAUGAGCCUUGCACAGAAGUUGUUCGAGUUGAUAAAGAUAAAUAAAGUGAUAGACAGUAAUAAUCUACGGGUAGGACCUUUAGGAACACAAAUAGAGUCGACAAUUGAAUAUCCAGAAGAAGAAGAUGAACUUCAAACUAAAAGGUAUAGAUAUGUGAUCACUGCUAACAUUCAGGUUUUUGGCCGUUCAGGACCAUUAUUUGAUCUUAUUUGGAGACUGAUGAUGAUAGCACUUGAACAGUGCCAGCUUCCUCGAGUGUACCAAGAAGCCAACGACUUCAAAGGAAGUCAAAUGAGAGUUGCAGUACGUAUGCGUGGUCGUCAAUUGGUCAAAGAAGAUGUUGGUAUAGAAUCGCUUAAGUUUGACAUGAGUAAUAAGAUACCAUUGGUUACUCCUGGCUCCCCACGGCCCUCACUGCUUCUUUGCUUCAAGUUUGGGGUUUUUGAAGGUCAAGUAUUAUCUGACAUUGAAGGUGAAGUUGAAGAACUGAGUGUGGAUUCAGUAUUCUAUCUUAUACGAGAGGAGAACAGUAGCGUCAUUAGACAUAUCAGUGUGCAAGGUAAGGCAGUUGACUAUUCACAUUUGGUAGCAGCACUUGCGAUGAGUGGAGCGGCAGGUACUUCCUGA